AUGGUGCCUUCCGGCAACGCGUGGAAAGGAUUGAAAACACCAGCAAUCCUGGAGUGCCUCAAACAGGCAUCCGAAAGGGCCAACACAUGGGGGCCAGUGGUGGCCGCACAGCCGAAAGAACCGAAGGCCAGGAAGCCCAAGGCAAAGCUGAUGACCAUAGCCCUGGAUGAGCUCCGCAAGAUGAAGCGUGCCAGGCUGGAAGUCACGGAAGGUGUCAUUCUCGUUGUCACUUUCGAGGACAGCAGCAAACGUUUUUGUUUGUUCAAGUUUUUCUUUUAUCUGAAUCAAGUGUUUGGGUAUUUAGGGUUUUAG